AUGCGCCGUUCAGCAAGACCGUCAGCUUAUGAGCUGACUGAGCUCGACACCGCCGUCCCCGAAAACACAGAUGUCGGCGUCAGUCUGGCAUUUCCAGAAGGCGGGCGCGAAGCCUGGACUUGUCUGGUAGGCUCUGCUCUACUGAUGUUCCCUUCAUUCGGCUUUCAAACAGCUGUUGGAUCAGUCCAGGACUAUAUCAGUACCCAUCAGUUAGCUGCAUACAGCGUUCGAGAUGUUGGCUGGAUCACUGCCGUACUAGUCUUUUUAACUCUCUUCCUCGGAGUUCAAGUAGGACCUCUAUUCGACCGCUAUGGACCUCGCAUGCUCUUAAUAUGCGGCACUCUUGCAAGUGUGACGUCCUACCUGCUUCUCGCAGAAUGUACCGAGUACUGGCACUUCAUGCUAUGCCUGAGUGUCUUGGGUGGCAUCUCUUCGGCGGUUAUCACAACCGUUAGCAUCGCUGUUCUCAGUCACUGGUUCUAUCGGCGUCGUGCCCUCGCUUCUGGGAUCUGUAUGAGUGGAUCCUCGGCAGGCGGUGCAAUAAUCCCUCUCCUGCUGCGAACCUUGUUCCAGAAAUACGGCUGGACAUGGGGUAUACGGAUCAUCGCUCUUAUCGCGUUAGGCUGUUAUUCCGCAGGAAUAUUCCUGGUCAAAGGGCGAUUGCCAGCAGGGAACGUGGGCAAAGCCAUGAUUGAUUUCCGAGCGUUCCGAGAACCACGACUUUGCUUUCUCGCCGUGGCUGUUUUCGCCUUCGAAUUCAUUAUCUUCGGUUGUGCGGCACUACUGCCCACCUACGUUCGCUAUACGGGCCUCGACCUCAAUGUACAGUUUUACUCGCUUACCGUGCUGAAUAGCAUGAGUUUGAUGGGCAGAGUAUUACCUGGUUUCGCGGCGGAUCAAGUGGGACGUUUCAAUAUCCUGCUUUUCCUGGCUUUGAUCACUCUUCUUGUUAUGUCGGCCGUGUGGAUUCCAUUUGGAUCCCGCGAUGAAGCUACGCUGUACGCGGUAGUCGCGAUCUUUGGGUUUGGAUCGGGGGGUUGGGUAUCUCUUGCACCUGUGUGUGCGGGCCAGUUGUGUCGCACGGAGGAGUAUGGUCGUUUCUACGGCACGAUUUACAGUGUCGCCGCCUUCGGUGUCCUUUUGACGGUCCCGAUUGGUGGUGAGCUGUUGCAGUCUACCACGCCACAGACGCUCGUUGGAUUUUAUUCGGCUGUUUUACUUGUUGGGUUGAUUAGCGUUGCGCUAUCACGGUGGGCACUGCUGGACUGGAGGUGGCAGUGGAAGGUAAAGGUCUAG